AGAGCACUCGCGUUCUCUCUACUCUGUGCAGCCAUUAUUUUCCUAGGCAGUGUCCUGCUGCCGCUUUUUCUCACCGAAAUAUUUAUUUCACGUCGACGUUUUGCCUCCGAAAUUUCUGCCGACUCUGGCCGGCUUCAAGCGCACCCGUACCAUGUCCUUCUUCCAUACGGGCCGCACAAAUCUGCCAGGACCGUCGUCAAUAUGUCGAUCUUCACUCAAAACGAUGUCCCGGCGCAAGCCCUUGACUCAGACGAAAUUCUUCCAGAUGUCACUUCAGUCUCAGGAAGCACUGUCCGAAAAUGCUAAAACGAGUAUCAGAGUUUUAGAGACUAUCACAAGAAUGGCGGCUAUGCCAAGUCGUACACAGGAAACGGGACUUUCAGAGAAAGAGUUUGUGACAGGAUGGGGAGAGGAUAAGCUAACACCGCUCGUGGCCGAUAAACUGAGGCCAUCCGAAGGCCUGUCAUCAGAGAUGCUUGCGUCGUACGUAUCAGAUGUGAGUAUAUGGUCGAGGCCCAAAAGCGUCAAGUUACACGUAGAGAAUAAAAAGCCGCAAGCGAAAGCUUCAAAAGCACUCACGAAAGCGACUAAAGCAGCUGCUAAGGGCAUGACAAAGGGUACAAAGGUGAAGGUGAAGGCCCCCAAGACUAAGGCUGCUACCAAGGUAAAGGCCAAGGAAACUAAGCCGAACAACGCAAAGGCCGAGAAACACGAUGAUACGCCUGUGGAAUCGGAGGGAGUGUUUGCGGACCCAAACCCGCUUAAGCUAAUCCUUCCGUACGCUCACACGGUCGAGGGCAUGCUGUACCCGACAGAAGGUCACGUUCUCCAAGACGUAAAGCCUGUUGCGCGACAGAGACCAGUGGCAAGGCUUUCUCACGGGUUGGACCGUGUUUUGUUCAACCCUGGUGUUCACUGGCUACGCGAUCCUAGGUCGCACGUGUAUAAUUUUCCUCCUAGUGUGGAGAGUAUACCUCGUGUAUUCGAUUUUGCUUUUGAACGGCUUCCCGGUUUCACAAAGAGCUCUCGAGACGAAGAACUCUGGAAUCUGGCAAAUCGCGAAAAUCGUAAAUUCGCCGGAUCAACGUCGUCUUUGUCGGGUAUGCUGUGUCAGAUAUACUUCCUCAUCUCAGGAAAUAGGCCCGUCAACAUUGAAACGCUUAGCCAAAACUUCCAACAUGCGCCAACUAAUUUUACGCCAGGCCAACGGAUGCCUCCAACUGUUGUCUUUAACCACCGGGAUAGCACCUACGCUAUAGACUCUCACGCAGACACACUAUCGGACAAGAAUAUCUUAACUUGGAUGGGCACUCUUCUUGAAAAAUACUUAACCACUCCGCUACCGGAGUUCCCGACCUUCAUGCGUACGGAAACACCAGAUUUCGAGGCCGAGACAACGGAAGAGAAUAUUAGAGAUGCCUUCCGGUUUUCAAAGUCGAAAACGUUUGUCAUGCGGUCUCAACUGGAUUGUCAGGAUCCUCGUCUUCCUGGUACAGGCGUCUUUGAUAUCAAGACACGAGCGUGUUUGCCUAUACGGAUGGACAUUUUAAAUUUCAAGGAGAACUCUGGAUACAUAAUAAAGCAGCAUUAUGGUGUCAUGGAAAGCUUUGAAAGGGAGUAUUAUGAUCUCACCCGUGCGGCCUUCCUCAAGUAUAGCUUCCAGGCGCGCAUUGGAAACAUGGACGGCGUGUUUGUGGCCUAUCACAACACGGAGCGCAUGUUCGGUUUUCAAUAUGUAUCAUUGGCAGAGAUGGACAGCUGCCUUUUUGGACAGAUUCAAGGCAUAGGCGACCGUGUGUUCGACAAAUGCGUCUCUCUGCUUGAAGCCAUCUCAGAAGAGGUUGUCAACUGUUUCCCAGGACAGUCGGUUAAAGCGACUUUUGAGACCGUGGCGUCCGACCUGAACGUAUUUGUUCAACCUGCAGACUGGAAGUCUGAAUCUCCUGAAGACAAAUCUCCGAUCAAGCAGCUAGUAGUCAGGUUGAAGCACUACCUCGGGGAUCCAGCAAGGAAGGUGUCCAGUAGCAAAGCCAUUGAAUAUUCACAUGUUGAAGACUGGACGACACAAUGGACGAUCGGGUUGACUGCGGAUGAACAGGAACCGGAAACACGAGCGCAAUUCAGAGCAGCUCUUACCCGCAAGUUCCGCGCUCACUGUCUGCCGGAAGGCGUAAGCUUUGCGAAUAUCGCAGAGUUCUGGACGAAUCUGAACUUCAAUGGCCAACCACCCGAUCCUGCAGAGGCAUUGUCUCCGGAGUUUUUCCUGGAAAACUUUACGGAGCCCGAUGCUAUGAUUCUUAUGCUUCGACAGGCAGCGAAGAACGGUCGUGCAGAGACAGAACGAUUAAAGGACCUUGACAAGAGCCGCCCUAUCUAUGUUCUUGGAGAAAGAUUCGAUGAAGCCGUUGCGCAUGGAGGCCCUGAUGCCGAUGCUGACAUUGAAGCUACUGGUGAAGAGGGGGCAAAGCUGAUGACGGAGAUCCGGCGUGAACCAAUGAACUAUGAAGAGUUUGCCGCAAAAAGUCUUUCCGGCGUUGAAACACCCUCAAGGAGUUCCUUGUCAGCUGAGGCUGUUCUCGAGGCUGUUGCACCAGAAGAGAACCCACUGCCAGCGGAAGUAGAUGAUUCUCCGCCGGUAGCGACAGGCCCAGUUGAAGAAACCACCCAUGGGACCAAGUACCCGGCUACAUGCGGCACAGUACCCGAAACUGUCCCGCCUCACCUGCCGACAAGCGGAGACUCGCAGGUCGAUUUCUUUACCUCUUCGUCGUCUCCUUCUGGGCCACAAUCAUUACAGGUUGAGCCACAAUCAGAUGAGGUUACAACCGGUGAUGAGACGCAAAAGUAGCACGGUUUGGGUUGUUUAUCGCACAUUUGUAGAGGCUUUUGUAAUUUGGCGCAAUACUUUUAUACUACUCAUCGCAAGGCAACG